GUUCCUCGAAGGCAAAAGAUAAAGCGUGCCUGGGAGUAGCCGACACGACCAAAACGGUCCCGUUCCUCGGUUAGCGCCGCGUGCGUUUUGCGCUCUCUUGAAGCCAUAGACAGAUUUCUCUUAUUAAUUUUCUCGGAAUAAGCCGUGCUACAAAUAGAUGACGCCCUGGCGUUUUCUGGGGAAGGAAAAAAAAGUUUCUUUCCUUCUUCCUCUUGCUGUGAGCAAUCAAACUGCCCCCCCGCCAAGCAGCAGUGGUUUAGCAGCAGCAAGCUUCCAACCAUGGAGUACCCCAGCCUGGAAGAAGGACACAAGGUCGAGCCGAAGCUGUCCACAGCUGAGGUGGAGGCACAGCCUUUGGUCAAGCCUGCUGGCUUCUUCCCCAAAGUCCUCUACUAUGAGGCGCUGUUGGAUAAGAAGCUGGGGAUCGAGUCCAACAGUAUCGAGCGGGUCACGCCGGAGAAGAAGCAGCCCCCCAACAGUCUGGCCAUGGCCUUGAUCUGGGCGUCUGCCACCAUGAACCUCAGUUGUUUCAGUACUGGGUUUCUGGGGUGGGAGUUUGGCCUCAGCUUGGGGCAGGUGAUCCCCAUCAUCAUCUGCGCGACACUUCUGGGCGGAGCUAUCACGGGCUGGUGUGCUACUCUGGGUCCUGGCACUGGUCUUCGCCAAGUUGCCAUCUCCAGAUACUCGCUGGGAUUCUACCCGUCGUCCAUCAUUGCCGCCUUGAAUGUGGUCGAACAGCUCGGAUGGUCCUCGGUCAGUUGCAUCACCGCCGGUCAAGCCCUGGUCGCCGUUGCAGACGGAAAUAUCUCCAUCGUCGUGGGCGUCAUCAUCGUGGCCUGUCUCAGUCUGGCCAUUGUCUUCUUUGGGCUCAAGGUGGUCAUGAGUCUGGAGCAAUGGGUGUGGUUGAUCGCCUUUAUUAUCUUCAUGAUCGUCUACGGGCAAUCCGGGACUCACGCCAAUCUCGCCCAACCGGCCACCGUUUCCGGCAUCACCCAGUCCGGACAAGUCCUGAGUCUACUCAGUGUCAUCUACGGAUCCAGUGCAUCCUGGUCCUCCAUUGUCUCGGAUUUCUACGUCCACUACCCUGUCAACACCUCGCGCGUCAAGGUCUUCUUCUUCACGACUCUGGGGAUCUCCCUUCCGACCUGCAUCGGCCUGUUGCUUGGCGCAUGCAUCGCCUCCGCCCUGGACACGAACCCGGAAUGGUCUGAAGCCUACGACGGCGGCAUCGGCUACAUGCUGCAGGAGUUGAUCCAUCCGAAGAAGUUUGCCAAAUUCUGCCUCGUCCUGAUGGUGCUAGCGAACGUCGGCAUGAAUUGCAUCAACAUCUACGCCGCCUCCAUUUCCGCGCAGUUAUUCGCCCCGCCCUUCCGCAAGGUGCCACGCACGAUCUGGACGGUGAUCGUAUUCGGCUGCAUCAUCGCGAUCGGCAUCGCGGGUCGCGACCACUUGCUGACGGUGCUGAACAACUUCCUCUCGUUGCUCGGCUACUGGAACACCUCCUUCUUCGUCAUCCUGUUCUGCGAGCACUACCUGUUCCGCGGCGGCAGUCUCGCCAACUACGACCUCGACGCCUGGGAUACUCCCUCCCGCAUGCCCGUCGGCUUCGCCGGUCUGACUUCCUUCCUCUGCGGCGCGGCCGGCUGGAUCGUCGGCAUGGACGAAACCUACUACGUCGGUGCGAUGGCGAAGCUGAUCGGCGAGGACGGCGGUGAUAUCGCCAACGAGCUGGCGCUGGUCUUUACCACGAUCUCUUUUAUCCCGUUGAGAUGGCUCGAACUGAAAUAUGUGGGCCGGUGAAGGAAGCGUUUGAUGAAGUUUUGUUUACUGGAAGAGAUUCCCCGCUUUUAUAUAGCAUAUCGCAUAUCGCAUGUCGCAUAUAUCUAGACAUAACGAACGAUACGGCGCCUGAAACUAUGGCGUUUUUGGACAUCUUAAUUUAAUGGAGCA